UCUUACAGCUACAACCAAAAUGGAAAGUGAUAACAGAACUUCAACUUCAGUUCAACCAUCUGAACUGGAUAUUGCGGCCACGCACGUAAGAACGUUUUCUCUGGUGAUCUACUGUGCAAUAACUGUGGUUGGGACAGUAGGCAAUGGUCUGGUCAUCUACGUGACGGGCUUCAAGAUGAAGAAAACUGUCAACUCGGUGUGGUUUUUCAACUUAGCUCUGGCGGACUUCCUCUUCACAGCUUUCCUGGUUUUCUCAGCAAUCUCACUCUCUCAGAAUCAACACUGGCCUUUCGGACAGUUUAUGUGCAAGCUCAAUAACUUUGUGAGUUUAGUCACCAUGUUUACCAGUGUCUUUAUUCUGACAGCCAUAAGUUUGGAUCGUUGUUUGUCCAUCUUGGUGGUGGUGUGGGCACAAAACAAACGCACUGUCCGUAAAGCUCAAAUCAUAAGUGCUGUAAUCUGGUUGGCUGCAGGAAUCUGCAGCACACCUUAUGCGAGCUUUCGUGUUGUGGGAAACCCAACUAACACCUCAAAUAACACCUACUGCUCUUAUAAAGGACAUCGAUCGAUUUUGUAUGCAUUCCGCUUUGUUGUGGGCUUCCUCAUCCCAUUCCUUGUAAUACUUUGCUCGUAUGUGGCCAUAGGGAUCCGUACCAGGCGUCUUCAGAGGAUGAGUAAACGGAGAUCUCAGUGGAUUAUUUUCUCCAUAAUUUUUGCAUUCUUUAUAUGCUGGUUGCCCUUGCAUGUUUUGAGUUUCAUAGAAUUAAAUGUCAGUGAUGGAUCAGAAGUAAUGAGAAUUGUUCAGAUUGGAGGUCCUCUAACUGUAUGUCUUGCCUUCAUGAACAGCUGCCUCAACCCCAUCCUCUAUGUUUUCAUGUGUGACGAGUUCCAGAAGAAGCUCAGGCAGUCUAUAUUGUUGGUUCUAGAAAAUGCCCUGGCAGAGGACCCCUUGUCAUUUGUGGCAUCAUCUCGCUCCUUAUCAUGGAUUCCUAGAAAGUCUGUUUCUGCUCUCCCGAGUGGGGGGAAAGAAGAUGAGAUAUCAAUGACCUUAACAGGAAACAAAAACUGACCAGCACAGACCAGGAAAGGUCAUUGAGCACAGAAGAAAACAGCCAUAAACUGACUGAGAGCAUGGAACUAAAUCAGCUGCAUCGAAAUGCUCUGGACAAAGCUUUGAUUUGAGCAGCUAUGUAAAUAUAUGCAGAGAAAUUAAGUGUAUUUUCACUGAUUGCUUGAUUUCCCUCAUUGGUUUAUACAGUUAACAGGUGUUUUUGUACACGGUUAGCCAGACAUCCUGAGAUAUACAACAGGAAGUCUGAUAAAAUCACAGAGAAAAUUGCAAAUGUAACUGAAACCCUUGUUUG